AUGCCAAGCCUUGUUUCCGCGUUCACUUCCGCUCGAACAAGUUCACUGGGCGAGUUUCCUUGCGACCAUUGCCCACCACACCUUCACGCCUCAAUGGCUCCCAGACUGCGCAGUGCGCUCAAGGGCCUAUCGCGUCCGCUGGAUGCUAGCUCUGUAUUCUACUGCCCAUCGUGUGCGAUCUGGCGACGGACACUUUCGACGCGGAGCAAUCACAGCAUCGAGACUGACACACUUCGACGGAGCGCCCGAUCUCAUAACGCAAUCAAGGCAUUCAGUACUCGGGGCUUUACCACCUCGUCUGUCAUCACUGCGAAGAGCGUUCCCCCGCGAUUCAAGGAACUGCACGCGGCCCUCGAAGGGGUCAAGGAUGCCGCUCUUGAACAGGUAAACCUCAGUAGGCUACAGCUUGCGCUACGGGGUUUGGAAUCCGAGGUGCCUCUCAUCAGAGUAGCCGUCCUCGGAUUGAACGAUGCGACCUCCGCCCGGAAACUUGUCAGACUCUUGCUUGCGGACCCAUUGACACCACGGGAAAACUGGGAAGAUAUUCUUGACUCAUACGAUACCGAUUCAUCCCGCGGGCUAUUGAUCAGGUAUGGCGAAAUCUCAGAAUCAAUCCCUAAUGACCUACUACCUACGAUAUCCGUGCCAUCGCCCAUACUCAAGAAAGGCAACUUGGAGAUCCUGGUCAGCACACUAGGCUCUGAGACCACCCAUAACGCCGCUACUUUUAACGCCGACACGUUCCUUGUCCCCACAGUGACCAUCCAGACCUCUCAUUCAGGUCGGCAUAACUUUGUGCGGUAUCCCGUGCACCGCACUAUCGUGUGCGGAAGCGGAGUUGAUGGCCUCCUAUCAUACAGUACAAUGAUCGGCCGCUCAAGCCUGAAAAAUGAAGUUUCUUCAAUUCGCGGAGCCAUCGAACUCGCCGUGGCAGAUCAACAAUCCUCUAACGAGCGAGUUUCUUUAGUAGAUGUUGAGCGCGCCAGUACAGCACUGGACAAAUUUCGCGAAUCUGUUCACAAUGCCUCAGACUACGAGCGUGGGUGGAAUGGCAGUGGUGUGCAACCGCUUAUCGACUGGCUGGCAACUUCCUCGGAGACACCGACUGGAGAUACCCUGAACCCAGUAUUGGUCCCUCUAGUGGAGUCCAUUCUUGACUCUGCCGACGCGAGCGUGCUUGUCCGAGAUGCCAAGGCACUACGUGAUCAAACAGCAGGCGUGGCCCCUGAAGAGCUUCGGUCCACUCUGAACCGCGGCAUCACGACAUGGGCAGAGCGAGCUCACUCCGAGCUUCGUAGUUCCCUCGAAGAAGGUCUGGCCAGCCCACGCUGGCGAGGUCUCGCCUGGUGGAAGCUCUUCUGGCGCGUCGACGACGUGAGUAUGAUCACAUCCGAGAUCUUGGACAAGAAGUUCCUCCGUCGGGCCGAGCGAGAGGUCAUCUGGACCGCGGGCAAGUACCAGCAGGCCGGCCUGCUGGAGGAGCCUUCCCCUUCAAGCCCGGCCCAAUCGGCCGCAGCGCCCUGGCCAACUCAAAUAACCGACCUUCGCACUAAACUCCUUACCACCACUGUGCCAUCUCUUCAAGCUCUCGCCCAGAGCCUGGUGCUCUUCAGCGUGUCCACCACAACCCUGACUUCUGCUCUCUCUGCUUUGACAUAUGUCGCUAUUCCCUCCGCUGGUGUAUACGAGUCAUGCACUCUUGCCGCCGUUGGUCUGAUCUACUCUGUUCGCCGACAACAGAAGCGAUGGGAUGCCGCCCGCACAUUUUGGGAAGAAGAAGUCCGUGAGGAAGGGCGGACGUCUUUGUUGGAAACUGAAGCUUCUCUUCGCGAGAUCGUGCGUGAUGGCGGCAAGGCUGUUGAAGAUCUGUCAGAUCCCCGUCCACGAGAGAGUGUCGCAAGGGCGAGAAAGGCCCUGGAAGAAGUGAAGGCUUGA